AGAGUAGAUCCGUGAGAUUCCUUUGUCACGCAGCAAAAAUGGCCAAGAAGACCAAGUCUAAGGUGGACACGAUCAACGCCAAGCUUCAGCUGGUGAUGAAGUCUGGUAAGUACACGCUCGGCACGCAGCAGGCGCUGACGACCCUCCGCCAGGGCCGCAGCAAGCUGGUGGUCAUCGCCAGCAACUGCCCGCCUGUGCGUCGCGCGGAGGUGGAGUACUACUGCACCCUGAGCAAGACCCCGAUCCACCACUACUCGGGAAACAACCUGGACCUCGGCACAACGUGCGGCAAGCACUUUCGCACCUGCGUCCUGUCCGUGACGGAUGUUGGUGAUUCCGACAUCACUGCUUAAAGAAUGAAAAGUGAAUCUACAGUCUCUCGCAUUUUUUAAUUUGUAGUUUUGUUCUUUAGU